AUGUGGCCCAAAGCGCUCUGCGUUUUGCUCCUGAUUCACUGCUGUACAUGCGUCAUUGUUAAGGAUGGAGAGCUGGCAUUCUCACUGGCAGAUGUUAAGAAGUUAAAAGACAUUUUUGAUAAAUUUAAGGAAACCCAUCCCAGAGUCCAGAGAGAUAUUUCAGAAAUGGAUGCUCACGGAAUAUGUGGCAGUCUCAAACUGCCGGCAGCGUUCUUACCAGUGUGCGCCAAACCCAACGCUGCGCAGGUGUUCACCAGGCUAGGUCGAAUUGCGCAGAACCCGGAUAUUUGUGAUGUUUGUGCGCUCGCGGCGUGCAGCGGAUGCUGA